AUGUCUACUAAACAAGCAGAGCCUGCUGAGUUUAUUACUCUGGCCUCUAAUGAUGGGUUCGAGUUCGUGAUCCCUAGGAGUGCUGCCUGCGUAUCGGGUACCAUCCGUAGAAUGCUAGAACCUACAAGUAACUUCUCAGAGGCAGUCACGGGACGUUGUGUACUGGAGACGAUGAACGGUGUUGUGCUAGAAAAGGUUUGCGAGUACCUUCUCUACAAUGAACGAAAUAAGGGCCAAACCAAUGUCCCUGACAUGGACAUCCCGCCUGAACUCUGCUUAGAGUUGCUUAUGGCCGCAGAUUACCUGGAUAGUUAG